UGGUUCCUUCGUUCCCUCAGCCUGCCCACGUGAUGACGUUCCCCGCAACGCGCCGCGAAAAGGCAGGGGCGCGCUUGGCUCGACGCGAUUUCGCUGGCCAAGCACACGACCUUGGGUAAUAACAUCUGUAGCUGGCAGCACCGGCCAUGGACGCGACAGAGGGAAGAUAUGCGACAGGCCAGCUUCCCCUCGCUGGGGCCAUCCUCUGCACCACUUCCAUCGACCCCGAGGAGCGUGCGCAACUCGCUGCCAUCGGCGUGCAAAUGGGCGCGGCUUGCAAGCUCGACCUGACCUCGGACGUAACCCACCUCCUGGUUGGCAGCACCGACAGCGCCAAAUACCGCUACGUCGCAAAGUCGCGAGAGGAUGUCAAGGUGCUUUCGCCAGCAUGGCUUGCAGCGCUCAGAGAAGUCUGGAUGGAGGGACACGACAACGUGGACGUGGCUAGGCUGGAGAGAGAGUAUCGAAUGCCUACCUUCUUUGGGCUCAAGAUCUGCCUCACUGGCUUUGACGACCUGGAGCAACGCCGAUACAUCCAGGAGACGGUCGACAAGAACGGGGCUGAAUAUCAUGGCGAUCUGACCAAGUCGGUUACCCACCUCAUCGCAGCCACGCCGUCCGGGAAGAAGUACGAGCACGCUCUUAAUUGGACCCUGAAGAUUGUCUCGUUGGAGUGGUUUGAACAGAGCAUCGAGAGGGGUAUGAUGCUGGAUGAGGCCCUGUACCACCCCACCAUGCCAAUUGAGGAACGAGGAAAUGGCGCCUGGGAUCGCAGACAGUAUCCCUCACCUACCCUCGGCAAACGCACGCGCGACGCCGCACCGAGCCAGCCGCUCAAUCCCUUUCGCAGAAAGCUUCGACGCUCGGCGAGCACAAAAAUGGGAACGCAGAGCGAAGCUCUAUGGGCUGGUAUUACUGCAGCAAGCUUAGAAAGACAGCAAGAUGAUGGCGAGGAUUGGACCGAGGACGUUUCUGCUAAGCAAGACUCGACGCGAGCGAGUACGCCGACAACGCAUGUACAGGGUCCGAGUGUUCACCAAGACGUUGCCCCUAUCGAUGCAGACCCUCUGGAUGCCCGUAGUCCGACCCUGCCCCAGCCUCCGGAUAACGAGAAUUCACAGGAUGGACUGUUCGAAGGGCGCCUCGUAUGCCCGCAUGGCUUCGACAACGAAAAGACAGAUAUCUUGCGCCAGCAUUUGGACAGCCAAGGAGCGCGCGUUGUCUGUGCAAGCGAUCUCAAUAGCUCUUCCUCUGACGACCUAAGACGUGGCUAUGUUGUCGUUCCACAUGACGCUGAGGUUGACCUUACAACCCUACCGGAACGUGCCGGAUCGCUCAUGAACUUAGUCACCAAUUGGUGGGUCGAGCGUUGUCUGCAUGGCAAACGCUUAAUCGACCCCGCAGAUGAUGUUCUCAGUAAACCAUUUGACCGGCUUAGCAUUAGCGGCUUCUCUGCUCUUACCGUAAACUCGACCGGAUUCGUCGGCAUCGAGCUCCUACAUGUGACAAAAUUAGUCACGCUUAUGGGAGGUACCUAUGACGAACAUCUAUCCGGGAAAACCUCGGUCAUGAUUUGCAAUUCCCCGAGCCCAAAUGCGCAAAAACUCAAGUUUACUAUGGACAAGCGCAUACCCGCUGUUCAUGCGACAUGGCUCUGGGACUGUUUGCGCAGUGGCAGGUUGCAGUCCUUUGGCGAUUACCAUAUUAGCACAUUGGCACCAGUGCAAGCACAGCGGCCGAAGCAGAAGCUUGCUUCUUCGACUGUCGUGCCGACUGCGAAGCUGUCUGAAACAGAUAGCUUCAAGCUUAGGCAAAGCAAGGCUCAAGCUGCAAAGAUGGUGACAAGGCCACAGCGGACUCGUGCUCUUGAUCUUGCCCCUUCGGCGGAAGCUACACCCGCAUCUACAACUGACUCAUUGACUCAUCCCAAUACUACUCAUCCGGGCCUCGAUCACGGUGGGCCUCCUCUAGGUGGUUUCGAUGUCCAAGCAUCACUUCCUCUGCAAGAUACUUCUACCAACUCAGCACGACGGACUUCAACAUCAUCAACUGGCUCACGCCCUGUCUCUCGACACCGAAGCUCGUCCGCCGAGUCGCUAAUCAGAGUAGCACCGGCACCUUCGAGAGGAAACCAUGACACCGAGGCGCAAGCUCCGUUGCACCGGGAAGUGCCCAAGGAGCCAGGAGGUGAGGAAAAAGACUAUUCAGAUAUUCUCGCCCAACUCCGCGCAAACCGCAAAGCUGCGCCCACACCAGUCGACCAAGCCGACGACAAGCGGCGCAGACGACGACAACUCGGCCGCGCAACAUCUACACGCUCGAACCAGUCUACGGGAGAAGGCUCGGGCAAGAAUGGUCUUGAUGUGGACGAGGGUGAAAACACGGUACUGAUCGAAGAGUAUCAGCCCAGCCAAGAGCUUGGUUGGGACUCCCCGGGUGUGGCGAUUGCGAGGGAGCAGAUGAUCAAAAGGCUGGGCGGGACGAUCAAAGAGACGAGUGUGCCGGUCAAGGGAAUUGGUGUUGUGAAGGAUGUCGUUGGUGAGACGGGAGGGAGAGCAGCGAGGAAACGACGUGGUUGAGCGUUGGUUCUGCAAGCAUGAUGGUAUGUAUGAUAGGGGACAACGUGUGGGGAUUGUUUUGGAUUCGUGGGGCAUGG